AUGGCGAACCCAGACGAUAACACCGACUUGUUGGAAUACGUUGCGCGAUCGAUUGAAGAUGAUGAGGAAUUCCACUUUUUACGAUUUGAAAGGCUCCAGCGGACCAACAUUGUGGCACAGCAGGUGGAGCUAUUUGGACUCAAACGGCAGUUUGAGAACGCGCACAAUGUCUCAGCCACUGACCUCAAACAUCUCAAAGAUAUUUUAAAAGACUAUGUCACUGCAAUUCGAGACUACCAGUUCUUCCGAAGCCGAAAGAGUCUGCUAACGGAAGACGAGGAAAAGAGGAGGCUUCUGCUACAAGCAAAGUUCCAGACUCGGUUUGGGACUGGCGACGUAUUCGAGUCUCACUACGCUUAUUUUGACGAAGGGGCACUCAAAAUCGACCCUUUCCGCAGUUUCCUGAUGAGAAGACUACCUGUCUACGUCACGUACUCAGAAGAGGAGCGGUCGGCUCGUUCAAUGGAGUAUGGCGAGGGCAAGGAACCCAAAGAUGUCUCAUCGUUCGUUGACUACCUCGCCCGCUUCGUGGUAGCAAUCACGGGUGGACUGUUUCUCAUCGUCCCGAUGCUGGUCAUGGCUAUUGACACAUCGCAAAAGAAAAGCCUCAUUACGGUGUCAGUAUCGGUCUUGUUGUUUGCGCUUGCACUAUCGUUCGGAGUCAGGACUUCUAACGUCGAAGCGCUUGUUUCAACAGCGACGUAUGCAGCUGUACUGGUGGUGUUUGUGGGAACCAAUUCUGGCGACGGAGGCACCGUAGCAGCUGCAAGUAACUCCACCAUGGCAUCGCAGUGA